AUGGUCAAUCGACGCGACCUCAAUUUUGUUCUGAACGAACUACUUCAAAUUGAUGAGCUUUCUAAAGAGGACUUCUUCGCCAACCAUGAUACGGAGACCUUUACUGCCGUCAUCGACGCCGCAGAAGCACUAGCCAAAAAUCUCUUUGAGCCCCAUGCGGCGUUGUCCGACGAAAAAGAGCCCGUACUUAAGGAUAACGGUGUGUCUAUUAUUCCCGAAGUCGCUGCAGCGCUUCAGGAAUACUACGAAUCUGGUUUUGGAUCGGCUGCCAUGCCAGCACAAUGGGAUGGCAUGCAGUUGCCAUGGACGGUGUCCCAGGCCUGCAAUGCGUUAUUUAUGUCCGCCAAUAUUUCCACGGCGUCAUACCCGUUGCUGACCAAUGCUGCGGCAAACAUGUUGCUUGAGUUUGGAUCAGAGAAACAACGCGCCAGGUUUUUACCGCAAAUGCUCGAUGGCCGGUCAUUUGGAACGAUGUGCCUUUCCGAGCCUCAGGCUGGCUCAUCGUUGGCAGAUAUUCGCACCCGCGCCAAUCGUGUUACCGGUGAUGAGUACCAAGUCUCCGGCAACAAGAUGUGGAUUUCCUGUGGUGAUCACGAGCUGUCUGAAAAUGUGAUUCAUAUGGUGCUGGCUAAAAUUCCCGGCGGCCCCCACGGCGUAAAAGGCCUCUCUCUGUUUAUCGUUCCCAAAUUUCAUGUGCAGGACAACGGCGAGCGAGGAGAACGAAACGAUGUCGCUGUCGCCGGCAUCAACCACAAAAUGGGCUAUAGAGGCACGGUCAAUUGCCUGCUCAAUUUUGGUGAGAACGGUCGCUGCCUUGGUUACCUGAUUGGCGAGCCGCACCAGGGAAUGAGAUACAUGUUCAAAAUGAUGAACGAGGCGAGAAUUGGUGUUGGUCUGGGCGCAGCCUGCAUUGGCUACGCCGGCUAUAGGUGCUCGUUGGCAUACGCCAAAGACCGGCCUCAAGGACGCCUCCCGGGUCAGAGAAAUACAGCGUCGCCGCAGGUCCCAAUCAUCGAUCAUGCUGAUAUUAGACGGCUGUUACUAUCGCAAAAAGCGAGCGUUGAAGGGGCCCUGGCAUUGUGUCUGUAUUGCGCCAGCCUGGUCGAUCAAUCCCGCAUCUGCACUGCGGAGAAGCAACAGCAAAUUAUUGAGCUUCUGGACAUUUUGACGCCCAUUGCGAAGUCCUGGCCAGCGGAAUAUUGUCUUGAAGCGAACAAAAAUGCGAUUCAGGUGCUUGGUGGCUACGGGUACACCCGUGAAUAUCCGGCAGAAAGGCUUUACCGGGACAAUCGGCUGAACGCGAUUCAUGAGGGCACUCACGGAAUUCAGGCACUGGACCUGCUCGGCAGGAAAGUUCAAAUGGGCGGCGGCCACGCAUUUGAACAGUUAGUUGGCAGUAUGGAAGAUUGUGCCCACGAGACUGAAGACCAUCCGGCAUUCAUUGUCCAUUCAACCGAAUUGAAAGAUGCCUGCCAUCAUCUAAGAUUGACAACAGCACAUCUGACCCAACAAAUGGCCGACGGACAAAUAGACUUGGCAUUGGCGAACGCGACCCUUUACCUGCACUCUUUUGGGCAUAUCGUUAUCGCCUGGAUGUGGCUAAGAAUGGCUGUGGUGGCUGACAAGGCAAGAACCCAGGCAAGCGAGCCAGACGCAAGUUUUUACCAGGGCAAGCUCAGCGCCUGCCAGUAUUUCUUUCGCUACGAACUGCCCAAUGCGAGAUCCCAGCUCAGGUUGCUGGUCAGCGCUGACGACACAUGCUUAAACGUGCCGACGGAGGCGCUGUAG